CUUCUAUAUAAGCGUCGGCGAAGGUGCUCGUCUCUCCAUAAGCUAACAGUUUCCUUUAAGCGAGUCAUCCAAAGUCCUCGAUUGUCUCGUGCGAGCAUGAAGAUGAUGCUGGUGCCGCUACUUAUAGUGGCUUUGGCUGCGGUCGCAAGCGCCGAGGUCAGCCAGGCGCGACCCCACAGUAACCGGCCCGGAAGAUUCCUCUCCCUGCCAGUGCCACAGAAGUGCGCCAACAGGCCCAAGGCGUUCCAGUUCAAGGGCCACAACUACUUCUACAGCGGCCACGUGCCCGCCCACGCGAACCAGAAGGUUGACUGGCUCGACGCCAGGAACAUCUGCCGGGAGUACUGCAUGGACCUCGUCUCCAUGGAGACGCAAGAGGAGAACAACAUGAUCUUCAGGCUCAUCCAGCAGAACGACGUGCCCUACAUCUGGACGUCGGGACGGCUCUGUGACUUCAAGGGCUGCGAGAACCGUCGCGACCUGGAGCCCAAGUCGAUCUACGGCUGGUUCUGGUCGGCGAACCGCGAGAAGCUCGCCCCGACGAACAGCGUGCCCGCCGGCUGGGGCUUCAACCCCUGGUCUCAGACCGGACACAAGAAGACCCGCCAGCCCGACAACGCCGAGUUCGACAUCAACGGCACCACCGAGUCCUGCCUCUCGGUCCUCAACAACGUCUACAACGACGGCAUCGCCUGGCACGACGUCGCCUGCUACCACGAGAAGCCCUUCGUCUGCGAGGACAGCGACGAGCUGCUGAACUACGUGGCCAGCACCAACCGCGGAAUCCGCCUCUAAGCUCCCUGCACGGCGACGCUCUUCUCGAGCGGCGCGGCCGAUCGUUGCCUGUACUACUCGAUGCGGAAGACCGACUGCUGCCGACGUGACGAAUAUGAUGCGACGGAUCGGAGGAGCUACCCACUAGCUUCCCUACUGCGACUUUCCGAGAGCACGACUUUACUGAUUUGCUGCUGUUGCGGAGCGCCGAUGCUGGAAACGUUUCCCUUUCCUGUCCAGAGUAAUAGACGACGUAGAGUGUAAAACUUCUAUUUAUAUGUGAUUGCCUUUUAUUGAUGUUUAUAUAUAUUUUUUAAUAAAAAGUCUGUAAAUAAA